UAAACAAAUUGAACCACAUAUCAGUAGAGUUAACACACUACGUUUGGGUCCAUCCCAGACCUGAAAAGAUAUGUUGAGGGCCGCUGACGCGAUCGUUAUAGACGAAAACUUUGGCCCGAAAGCGCAAGAGAAAAAAGAAAAGAUGCCUGCUUUACAAAGCACUAAUAUCCUGUCCCACCAGCGGUAUUGUAUAUCGCUCGGCCCAGGGCCUCAGUGGUGCUCCGAUGAGCCCCGCGCCGCCUGUGUGUCAUUCGUGGCAGAGGGCAGCGGCGUGGGGGUUAUAACAGAGCCCCCUGUCAAUGCCAAAAGCCUGUUCACCAAGGGAGAGAACUCCUCAUCCACUGAUGAGGACAACCAUCAGUCUCUCAAUGUCAGCGUGAACACUUUGGUAGGAACAGCUCACCUUGCAUCAAGUGUGAGCUUUGUGGUUACGCUAGCCGAGCAACUACAGGUCACCUGGGAAACGCUUCUCACCAACGGGAAGCUGUACGUGGAGGUGCCACCAGGAAUCCUUCCCGAGGGUUCGAAACAGAGCUUGGUCACCUUGCUAGAGUAUGCCGAGGAGAAACUGCACUGUGGACAUGUGAUUCUGUGCCUGAGGAAGAGCCGCACAGAUAAGGCUUCCUUGAUUAGAGCCUUCAUGUUUAUGGGUUUCACCAUGGCGACUCCUGGAGACCCUCUGGUUCCCGAUGUGGCAGACCUUCUCUACAUGGUCUACACCAUUGAACCUGAUGACCUCGGCUAGACGAAAUCCGAUUGGACAGCCCAGGACACAUGAUGGCAAACGAUUGGUCAGUCAUCCCUGAUGCCCAAACAGAACGCUUUUAAAGUAUUCUGAUUGGGGGGAGAGAUACCUGUAUGGAGGGAGUUGAUUGGACGAUUGUUUUGCCUCUGUAGAAUAGGCUUUUGGCAUUAUGCUUAUUCUGCCCUAAAAAAAAACUUCUUUUUUUCAAUGUAUUUUAUAUUGUCGAGUUUGUAUAAUUUUCUAUAUUAAUCAGAAAAAAGUUGUCUCUUUCUGUGUAAACUUGGGUACAGAGCAGAAAAGUGAUUAAAGCAAAAUGAUUAUAACAGACUAAAAAUGUUAACUAAAUACAUAUGGAAGCUCUUUGUGGUGAUCAAAGAACACAUUAUAGAGCCAGAACAAUGCAUUUCUGAGUAUAAAACAUUGUUUGUGUGAAGUAAGAUUGAUCAAAGGAAAGCCGUUAUAGCUGCUGUGAGGAACAGACAAAAUGUCUUUUACGUUAAUGAGAUCAAAAGCCGAGACGAAUGAGGAACACUGAGUACCCUGUCUCCGAACAAACUGUUUCAGGAAUACCAAUUUGUGAAAUAUUUUAUUUUAUGUCUAUUGAUAUUAAUUGUAAAAUUAUACUUUACAAAAAAAAAUGCCCAAGAUUGAACAGAUGUUAUCAACUUCUUUGUUUCUGUUGCCCCUUGUCACGAGUCGACACACAUUCUAUUUAUAGAUGGAAAAAAUACAAAAAAAAGUGGAAAAAAUAUAUAAAAAUGUACAAAAAAACUUGAGAAACAUUACAAGAUACUACUACUUUGUAAAGCAGGCAUGGACGUCCCAUGUCACACCUUGUCAUGUCAUCAUUUAUUUUUUAUUGUAGAUUUUUUUUUUCAUUCACAUUUUAAAUUCAUUGAUAUAUGAUGUCUACAAAAACUUGUAAAAUACAAAUUGGAAGUGGGAAGAACAAAUAUGUAUGUAUAUUUACUUUACGUGAAUAAUAUCUAAAAACUGGACUGAAAAAUAUCUCGUCAACCCCUGAUGUCAAUUAAAAAAACAACUUGCAUCAAUUAGAAUCGGUUCAUUGCACGGUAGGUCUGUUGAAUUAUUUUUAUCAUCAUUCCAAAGCAAGAAAAAUAUAUAUUUAUAGUUUUCAGUUAGCCACUUUUUUUUACGAAGCCCUUGUAUUUGACGAGAUUUGUCCCAGUAAAUAAAUGCACUUGCCGUUUUGAGUGAACACACUAUCUUUAGGCUGCAUCAUCAAUCUAACAAUGUUUUUAUGUGAAAUUUUCAGUGUAAUAAAAAUUGGAAAAAUAUCA